ACGAAACUUAUCUCAGAGAGCUGCUCCCUCUCCGUCUAGACGUGCAGGACAAUGGCCAGUAUUUCAGUAGAUCACGACCAGUUCAGCUGUCCAGUCUGUCUGGAUCUUCUGAAGGAUCCAGUGACCAUCAACUGUGGACACAGUUUCUGUAAGGUGUGUAUUAAUGGCUGCUGGGAUCAAGAUGAUCAGAGGGGGGUCUACAGCUGCCCCCAGUGCAGAGAGACUUUCACUCCAAGGCCUGUUCUACGCAGAAACAACAUGCUGGCUGAAGUGGUGGAGAAACUGAAGAAGACAGAACUCCGAGCUGCUCCUCCUGCUCCCCGUUACGCUGGACCUGGAGAUGUGGAGUGUGAUUUCUGCACUGGGAGAAAACUCAAAGCCAUCAAGUCCUGUCUGACGUGUCUAAAUCAGCUGAAGGAGAUUCAGAGUAAAUUCCAGCAGAGAAUCCAGGAGAAACAGAAGGAGCAGCAGGAGCUGAAACAGGCUGUGAAGACUCUUAAGCGCUGUGCUCAGUCAGCAGUGGAGGACAGUGAGAGGAUCUUUACUGAACUGAUCCGCUCCAUUGAGAAAAAGCGCUCUGAGGUAACAAAGCUGAUCAGAGCUCAGGAGGAGGCUAAACUGAGUGGAGCUGAAGAACUCCUGGAGAAACUGGAGCAGGAGAUCGCUGAUCUACAGAGGCGACGUACUGAGCUGGAGCAGCUUUCACACACAGAGGAUCACAUCCAUUUCCUCCAGAGUUUCCAGUCUCUCUGUGUCUCUUCUGGAUCUGAGGACUCACCCAGCAUCACUGUCCAUCAGCACCUCUCAUUUGAUGGAGUGAGGAGAUCUCUCUCUGAGCUGAAGGAGCGACUAGAGAAGUUCUACAGAGAGGAGUUCAGUAAAAUCCCUCCUCAUGCAGUUCAGAUUUUACCCUCAGAACCAAACAACAGAGAAGAUUUUCUGCAGUAUUUCUGUCAGCUGACUCUGGAUCCUAAAACAGCACAUCCUCACCUCAUUCUGUCUGAGAAGAACAGAGUGGUGACGUUCAGUAAUGAAGUCCAGUCAUACUCUGACCAUCCAGAGAGAUUUGACUGCUGGGAUCAGGUGUUGUGUAAGGAGAGUCUGAGUGGACGCUGUUACUGGGAGGUUGAGUGGAGCAGUGAUGGAGGAUUUGUGUUCAUAUCAGUCUCAUAUAAAGGGAUCAGCAGGAAAGGACGGGGUAUUGAUUGUGUGUUUGGACGCAACAGUCAGUCCUGGAGUCUGCUGGUUUCUCCGUCUCUCACUUUCUGGCACAACAACAUUCAGACUGAGAUCUCAGGACCAUCAUCCUCCAGAAUAGGAGUGUAUGUGGAUCACAGUGCAGGAACUCUGUCCUUCUACAGCGUCUCUGACACAAUGACCCUCCUCCACACAGUCCACACCACAUUCACUCAGCCGCUCUACGCCGGGUUCGCGGUUGGUGUUAGAUCAUCUGUGAGAUUAUGUGAUAAAUAAUGAUUUAUCUAUUAAAUAUGAUCGUUACUUUAUAGAUACACUCAAAAUAUUAUUUACACUGUUUGGUUUAUGAACUGUGUUAUUUUUUUAGUCUGAAUCUUUAAUAAUUUUGGAGAAAAUUGCCGACUCAUCACAAAUACAGUUCAGUCCAAAAAUCAAAGCCGUUCAAUUCAUGUAGACGACCAGUCAAAAGUUUGGACACUGAACUGCGUAUUCGUUUUUUAUCAUUUUAACCACAUUUUUAUCUUGUGUUCCAAUUCAAAUUCACUUUGUUUGAAAUCGAAUAUAAACAGUGAGUUUAAGUGGCUGAAUAUGCACCAACAAGUUUUCAGCAACAACAAGGCCUCAGCUUGUUAGUCUCUCCAGUCCUGUUGGAAAAGCGUCUCAGGCGGCUCCUCUUGAAGCUGCUGGAGAGAAUGAUCCAGAGGGGGCUAAAGUGCAUGAAGGUAAAGGGGGGCUACUUUCUACCAGAUCUAAAGGAGAACGGAGUUUGGUUAGUUUAACACGGUUUUGGUCUCUGUGUAAUUCCAUGUGUGAUAUUUCAGACUUUUGACGUCUUCACUGUUAUUCUAACAUGGAAGAUGGUCUGAAAGAUGAAGACCCUUUUAUGAGUCGGUGGGUCCAAACUGUUUCUGUCCAUUGUUCAGAAGCUGGUGAUGGUGUUGCCCAGUGAAAGUGUUUACAUUUGUGUGUGAAACGAACUCCACCUGCCUGAAAUAAAGAGAGGGGUCAGCAUGAUAACUGACCACCAUGACCCGGCCCUCUUACAACCACUGAUAACACUCUAUAACAACGAUGAGUUUAUAAGACAUCUAUUAAUGAAUGAACUGUUCAUGAACUAAUCAGGUAUUUAGAGUCAUCCAUCAACAAUUAAUAAUAAAUAUUAUUAUCAAACUA